UUCUUCCAGUGCUGCUGCUGAUCUGCUUUCAUCUGAUUCAAGCAGUCUGAUGAUGGACUUGGAGGACAUUUACAAAAAGAUGAGUCUGCAGGAAGAGAAGCAGGAAAUGUCUGAGCAACAACAAACGUGUACGCAGGAUAUCCAUGCAGUGCUGAGAGAGAUGAGCGCUGUGUUGGCUGGACUUAAGGUUGAGAUGAGAUACUUGCAGCAUGAAAAUAAAGAACAAGCAGCUAGAUUGAAAGAACUGGAGGGACAAAAGACGGAGCUGAAGCAACAGUACCAAGGGCAGGCAGCUAAACUGGCAGAACAGGCAGCUGAACUGCUCACCAUUAAAUCCAGAGCAAACACAACAGAAAACCAUGUGAACGCUCUGACAAGAGAAGGAGAAGUGAAACGAGUGGCUUUCUCAGCGUCUUUACUCGCUUCUGGCGAGGAAACUCUUGGACCAUUUAACGCACAAACGAACCUGAUCUUCAGAAAUGUUGUUACAAAUAUUGGAAAUGCCUAUAACGCAAACACAGGCUUUUUCACAGCCCCGGUGAGAGCAGCCUACCACUUUGAGUUCUACAUUCGUGGACCUGGACAUCCUUCACAUGUUUCUGGUGCUGCGCUGUUCAAGAAUGGAGACCAUGUUUUUAUUGCCUGUGAACAUCAGACUUCAGGGACUGUUUAUGCUGCUAAUGGUGUCACUUUGCUAUUAGAGGUUGGAGAUGUUGUAUUUUUGCGUCAGUGGGAAAACUCAAGGAUUAAUGACGAUCAAAAUCACUAUACUACCUUUAGUGGCCAGCUUCUUUUCACAUUGUGAGAGUUCUUCAGUUCGCUGAUACUCAUGCACUUGAUUAUCAGAAUGUAUUGUUGCCUUUCAGUUUUCUAAUUGAUGUAAACAGUCUUGCUAUUAAAGUUUUAUUUUCAGCUGCAUCAGUUUCUGGAUUUGCAUGAAUGUGGUAACUACAGGGACCUAGUUCAAGCCGAAAUACCAGCUGUGUUUUAUGCUCACUCAUACCCCGGUGGAUGGUUUAUUCCAGUUACUCCAUCUGCUUAUAGGACUUGCUGCUGAUUUUAAAUCUCUACCGCCUCCCCAGCUCUUCCUGUAGGCUAUAAUUCUAGGAAAGGAGCAUCAUUUUCAUCACCCCCAAUAUAUGUACUGUAUGUCUUCCUUAAAAUAGGGGAUUUAUAAGCCAAAACUAAAGUGUUUUAGCAAUAGGAAAACUGUUGAACUCUUCAUCACAUGACUUAUCUGAUUGAACUAUACAUUGUUACAGGGAGGGAUGGAUUUUUUUUUUUUUUUUUAAUGAAAGCUGAACGUGAUUGAUCAGAUGUUAUUUAUUUUCAAUUAAUUGUGGUGGUAUAUA